AUGACCGUUGCUGGCGGGCGGAACUCGCACAAGCGGUCGUCAAAGAAACAACGUCCUUCUCUACCUGCACACCCAGCAGCAACCGCUCCAGCGGGCCGGCUGCCUCUCGUCUCUCCAGAUUUCUACCACACUCCUCCCCCUUCAACCAUACGCACAAAUGCAUCCGUGUCGGAGUUAGCACAGCUUGUGAAGUCGCAGGCCUACCAUGAACAGAAAUACUCGCAGUCCAAACUGCGCCUCCAGAAAUCGCUGAUAGCGAAUGGAAUCUCGGCGCGGUUGACGAGAACGGGCGACCUGUGUCACAGGAUGUUGGUGGACCACUUCAAAUCGGAUCAGAAGUCGGAGUUUGCCACUCUCUACAAUGCGAUCCAUGAUGUGCGCAAUUCGUGCGAAGCCAGCCGCCGGUUCGCUAUGCUAGAGCCGGAGUUGAACUCUAAGGCUUUCAAGUCCAACGACGAUCAGGAUAUCCAUCCGGCUGGCACCUCGUUCCUCCAGCAGCUGCCUGCUCAGGCGCGAGAAACAAUCUUGACGUUCAUCCAAAGCAUUAGAUCGAACCCGUCAUUCCUCGCUAGUCGGUUGAGUCGCUUGUCCAACUCGGAGCUCGAAGCGCUUUCCCGGUUUCACCAUCAACCCAACCCCCAAGAGUCGAUUCUCCCACAGCAGGCCUCGAGACGAGGGACCGGAUCGGUGAGGGGUCACCCGCAGUUGGGAGCAAUGCCGAGUCCGGUCGAACGGCUCCUUGCUUUCCACCGUAACGACCCACUGUAUACUCUGCUGCACACCGUCUUUGCCAAUUCCACCGGACCCGACUCUCCCGAAGACUCGAGAAAAUUGGACAUUUGGGCGACCACUUGUGCUAGGUUGAUCGCUGAAAACAAGGGAGAGUCGUUUCUGAUGUGUGUCAUGGAUUCGUGGACUGCGAUGCGAGAAUGGCCGGCCAAGGCGAAUCUGGAGAUCUGCAUCAUGGAUCUCGUCCAGGAAGGCUCAUUUCUUGUGGAACGAGCCGAAGAACAAGCGACCGGUCGGUCAUCGGACGUGCGAGGAAAGCACGACCUUCUUGCCGAAGAGUUCUGGACCAAGGCCGAGAGGAGACUCUUUGAGGUAUUGGACGAUGAACCUGGUGCUGGUGGUAUUCCGGAAGGUAUAUUGGAGCUGGGACAUGCGAUUCUGGAGAAGAUGGAGGAUCCAAAAAAACAGCGCCAAGCCGAGAUCAUGAUUGUCGUGAAAUGGUUCUUCAACCGCUUUCUGGCGAAUGGCGUCGCUUAUCCAGAGUAUCAUGGAAUCAUGACUGGUCACCAUAUCAGCGAACAUGCCCGACUAAAGAUCCUGCGGCCCGUCCUUAAGAAGAUGUACAAUCACGCUGUCAGUGUGGUCUUUGGCGAUUGGAAAACCAAUUCUCCCGUAGAGCCUGUGAUCAGAACUCACAUCGAGAACUUAUUGGAGAGAUUCCGCUGCCCUCGGCCCAUCAAUACACCUCCUGUUCUUGUCUCCACCAAGGCUGUUGCAUCCCCACCGGAAACAUCGGAGGUGCAACCUUUCCUUGUCGUCAGCCCGGCCGACAUCAUUACUCUCUGUAAUGCUAUUUAUCCUAACUCUCCCACCACGCAGAUAGAUCCUCGCGAUAUCCAAAAAAGAUUGUCUAGUCGAGCAUCUUCCCGGAUGCAGGCCAAGUCGCCCGGAGGCUUCGAUAUCGGCGCAGGAUCUGUCCUGAGCGAUGGCAGUUCUUCUCUGACUAGCGAUACUGCUUCGAUAACCGCGCCUCUGUUGGAGCGCGGGAGUUUCCAGGAUGAUAGACGGUCCUUCAUGUCCAUCCCGUCGCCUUCACCUUCGUCUUUCAACAUGGCCCCACCUUCUUUGGCAGGAACAGAGACCCCCAUGACCAUCCCCGAGAAAUCGGGCGCUGCCGAGGUCAGGUCGGCGGUGGAAGCCAUGCGGGGACGACUGGGUUACGAUGCUGUCUCUGGGCGUUGUCACCCGUGUGCCGAGAAGUGGGCUGUUAUUUACAUUUCUCCGGAUGGUGAAGAACUGAGCCUACGGAUGCGCAAGGAGUGGGAAGACGAUGAUGAAGACGACGACAACGACGAACAUGGUAGUGAGAGCGAAGACGAGCAGCCUACAGAGCUGGACGGACUCGAUCGCGACUACGACCAACUGAAGCAGGCCAUCCUGAAGCUGGUUGAUGAGUAUGAGAUUCCCGAAGAGGCCAAGAACGAAGGCGAGCCCGAGGCAAGACCCGUUCUGAAGAAGACCUUGAGCACCCCCGCCCCUUCGUCGUCUCCCCCAGAUUCUCAGCUGGAUCCAAGUAAUCCAUUCCACCAGAGCAAUUUGACUGCCAUGUUUGCCAAGAACCAAUCUAGACCGCCUGCUCCCGACAGGUCGCGAGGUGUGCCCAAGGACUUGGAAAAGCCGAAGAGACAACAGCCAACUGGACUCCUCGUGACCAUGCUCCAGGCUGCAUAUAGCCAGUGUUACGCCAGGGGAGACUAUGUCUCGGCGCAGAUGUACUUCCGAGCUGGAAUCCAGCUCCGCAAGGUUGCGCCUUCUUUGCAACGAAACGAGUUCGCCCCCCUGCUUCACAUCUUCUCUCACUCCGCCCGCCGAGCCAUCGACAAGUGGGCGGCAACGAUGGACGAAUACGAACACUGGUUUGUCUGGGCCGCGCAGGCCAACGAGAGACUUGACUCUUCAAUUCAAGAUAUGAUGAAGAAGAUCAAGGACCUCCGAGACAAGAUGUGGUAUGUCACUGAUGUUCGCAACUCUGCCGCCUACGAUGAGGCCAAGAAUGUCGCUCUCGCUCUGAAGAGGAUGGCCAUGCCGCAACCUGCAAAGCCACCUCCGACGAAGGCUACAAGCCGAGCUACCUUGACGCACCGCAUGUCGACAAGCAGUUUCUCUCUCCUCAAGUCGGACACGUUGAUCGACAUCCUGGCGGCGACCAACGAACAUGGUGGUCCAAACAAGCUUAGCGAUGAGCAAGCAGUCAUGACCUCGGAAUACCUGAGCAAGUACUCGGUCGAGAACUUCUGCAAAGGUGAAGAACGUAUCCAUCGGUUCUGCCUGGAAAUCGAUAAAUGUGUUACCAAACUGGUUGGCGAUGGUAUACUCGACGGGCCUGUCCUUUGGUCGAGCGAAUUGUUCUCGCGUGAUGAUCGGGAGAUGUCCCCUAACCGCCCGAAGGGCGAUCUGUACCUUGCCGGAGUGGGCACAUUGAGCGUCACAGGUGACGAGGACAUCGAGCCGGAGCGCGAAGAUGGCCGGAGCAGUCGACGGAGCAUAGAGAUGUUGAGAAGACCGAGCACAAGCGACCUGUUCGGCAGGAAUAAUAGGUCUGCAAACCUCGUUGGCUCUCUGCACGAUCCUCCGCAAAGCCGUAAAGGGUACACUAGAUCGAGCACUGGGCUUAUGGAUGCGGUGGGCAGACAAGAUCUAUUUGGGAUGCCGAGUCCGGCCCUGCCGUCGGAAUCGCACAACACGUUCUGGUCGCCGUUUUCGUCUCAUAUCACCCACACUGCCACUGCGGGGCGGCCGAAGACGGCGCACUCGCCGACUACCCUACUGAAGACGUCGGAAAUGAUCACGCAGGAGAAGAAGAAGUUCCUCGCCGAGCUGAAACAGUCGUUGACUGGGCUGCUCCUGAGCGACCUUGGCCUCGAAGUUUUCAGCCGUGGAAGUGAAACUGACGCAUGGUUUUCCGGCGGUUUGGGAGACGACUGCAUCCUAAGGAAAGAAGAGCAGGAGGAGGCCAAACGGAAAGAAAGGGAGAGGGAGAGGAAGAAGUCCAGUUCUGCGGGUGUGCGCAAGGGAUUGUCCAAGAAGAAGAGCACCAAAGCUAUGCGCAAGGACAAGGCAGGAGGCACUCUUGAGGCGCUGGGCCUGGGCAAAGAUAGGAAGGGCGAACUUGCUGCUCCAGUCGCCACGUUCGAAACAGUUGGUCGCGAAGCAUGCUCAGGGGAGGAGAAUUCAUCGUCCAGCGAUGCCACAGCCCGGUCAUCCAAGUUCUCGGUGACGAGGAAGGGUGGUCUAAUGGCUUUCCCCUACGGCCACGCUUUCCGAAGGCUCCUGCUCAAGUUCUCGACGCACCCCAACCCAUUCCAGAAGCUUCAUGCUCUGUAUGAACUGGAACGCCUGAUCGUUGCGUCGCUUUCUCGACAUUCGUCGUCUGAUAGGCCAACGCUGCCGCCGCUUCCAACCUCGCCUUUCCUUGAUGCAAUGGGCGAUUCCACUUCCCGCGUCUCCUGCGUGCAGCUCUCUCAGCCCACCAAUAUUGAAGAGGCCAUCGCUAAUCUCGAGGAGCGUCGGUCGAAUGCUACUAACAAUGGUGGCGUUAAUGGCGCCCGUUGUCCAUCGUCGCCGUCUGCUCCUAGCACCGAUAUGAUUGUCGAUGUUCUCCAGAGCCUCUUCAGACAGGCUGAUAUCCGUCCUGCCACUCUGUUCCGCGAUCUUCAGUAUGUUGCUGCCUUCGUACCUGCGUCUAUCCUGGACAUGACGGAGGUGGGCAAAGCCUUCUGGGAUGCCGGGCUCGCCGCACUGGGACUCAAACAGGAUGUCUGCCGCACAAUGGUCGAGAUUGCAGACGCGAUCGUCGCCGGAGACGCCAAUGGCAGAGAAUCCGAAAAUGCUGGCAAAGAAAAGGGCACCGAGAACGCCGACUACCUCCGCUACUCGAUGCAGGAUGCCGCCAACAUGUGGAUCAUCACCGCUCGGGAAGGAGACCCUACCGCCCAGCGCGAACUGGCCAUCUUCUACCUGACCAACCCGUCGCUGCUUCCUAGGACCACAAAGCCUCUGUCCAAGCCGAAGGACACUUUCCGGCCCGACAUGAUGGUUGCCAAGGGAGAAGACCCCGAGAAGAGGGAUCCUGCUACCAUGUGUGUUGCAUACCACUGGAUGGAGCUGUCCGCCCAGGGAGGCGACGAACUGGCGCGUAAAUAUCUGAGGUCUCAGCGAGAGGAGUGGGCUUGA